AUGGGCAGCAUGGACUACAACUCCUUGGACUUUGCCAUCCAAUUGUGGAUUGAUAGUCAAUCAAGACUUCAUGGAUUGGUAUCAAAGGAUGAAGUGAUUCCAUGUCCUGUUGAUGAGAAUGGACUCUUUACUAUGGAGCCUUAUAAAAAUAUAUACAUUAAAGAUUUGGACAAGAUUAUUCUUCGGGAUAUUAAGGACAAGAUUCUAAUAAAUAGUCGAAUUGUGCAUUCCUAUCCAUUCUGUUGGAGAAGUGAUACUCCCCUUAUUUACAAAUUGGUUCCUAACUGGUUUGUAAGAGUUAAAGAGAGUCGGGAAGAGUUGUUGAAAAACAACGAAAAAAUAAAUUGGAUUCCUGCAGAUAUUAAAUACAAAAGAUUUCAUAACUGGCUAGCAAAUGCAAGGGAUUGGGCUAUUUCAAGAAAUAGAUUCUGGGGUACACCCAUUCCUAUUUGGGCAUGUGUUAAUGAAGAUGGCAAACUGGAUUAUGAUGACUUGAUUUGCAUUGGAAGUGUAGAAGAGUUAAAAAAUCUAAGUGGUGAGAAAGAUGUGAGUUUCUACAGAGAGAUAAUUUCCCGGCUCAAUUUAUUGGUGAAGGGCUUGACCAAACAAGAGGCUGUCUUGGCUGAAGAUGGUAAGAAGAUGUCAAAAAGAUUGAAGAACUAUCCCUCUCCAGAUCUUAUUUUUGGUAAAUACGGAGCUGAUGCGUUAAGAAUCUAUCUGAUAAGUAGUCAGGUUGUAGAGGCUGAUAAUUUGAGAUUUAAUGAAAGUGGUGUCAAAGAUAUUCUUAAGAAGGAAUUGAAGUUAGGUGGGAAACUACUAGGAAAGUUGCUCAAAGACUUUUCCAUUGUGAUGGGAGCAUUCACCCCAUUCUUUUCUGAGUAUUGCUACCAAUCAAUUUCUGAAAAAACUGAUGACUGUAAAGAGCGCUCUGUUCAUCAUUGUUUACUUCAAGAGAGUACUGCUAUUAAAAAUGAAUUUGAAUACGCCAAGAAUAAUUAUGGCAAUUUUAGAAACUUUUACCUCGCUUCUGGUGAUUACUCUCUCAUCAAUCAACUUUCUAAGCUGUCGAUUUCGGACUUCAUUCUAGGGAAGAAAUUUGUUGAUGUCCCAAAUUCUGUUGAGGAAAACCAAUUCUCUAAAGAUUGA